AUGAUGUCACCAACCCCGCGUGUUGCAGUCGAGGAUCCUACCAACCUUCUGCACAGUCUCCGACAAUUCAUGCGGACACUUUCCCCGGUUCCGCCCAGGCCAUCCAUCUCGGAGUCCUACCUCGAGAAAUACUUGGCGACAUGCACUCACUUCUAUCGACGAUGUGGUGGAGUCCGCCGGUCACUGGAACCACCCUACGACAGCCCCUUCCAAGUUAUCUCUCGUGCGACGAAGAACUUCCGCAUCCAAUGCGGAACUCGCGAGGAGGUCGUGAGCGUGGACCGUCGCAAAGCUGCCGUCCCGGACACUUCUCCGGAUAAGCCCUGUGGUCCCCUACCCCCUGCUCCCCCUCCCUGA